AUGCCCAAGAAGUUCCUCAACCUGGACAACUCCCCUCAGGAUGCACCCGGUCGUCGAGCCGCCCUGGCUUGGAUCCGCAAGAACGACAAGAUGGGCGUGGUCUACUUUGCUGCUGGUGAUAACGUUUAUGACUGCAGGAUUUUCGAAGAGAUUCGCUCAACGAGAGGCGUGUCUGUCUUCCCCGUUGGCUUAGCGAAGGACCUGCAGCUGUCGACGCCCGUGGUGAAGGAAGGGCGGUUCUCCGGCUGGUACGAUGACUUCGGGCGACUUGCAGUUCCCCGUCGAGUUUGCCGGGUUUGCCUUCUCGGUGGAGCUGCUGUUGAAAGUCUUCCACGACCUCAUGCCAACGUACCCUGGACGUAUGACCUCCAAGAAGAGGGUCUUCUCAGGGGUUUAGGCGUCCCACCUGAAAAGAUGGAGUUUAAGGCCGAACUCUGUACCAAGGUAUUUGUGUGGCAUGUGGAAUCAAAAAUACCCAACCCAGUGACCAGGUAUCUGUGUGACACUCGCUACGACGGCACCAAUCUACGGUUACUGGAGAAACAGUUGACGCUUAUUUAUUGGAGAAAAGUGGAUUUGGCAAGUUGGUGUGAAAUGCAGCCAGGAUAUGCGGAGGAUCACUUAAUAAAUGACAUUCUAGGUAUAACACAUGAUGCCCAGGAUGACCACAACAUGCACCCGCACGGCAUCCAAGCAUAA